CUCUGAUCUUUUUCUAGUUCAAAUCAACCAAUUAAAUUGUCAUUCGCUGAUCAUUCGUUAAAUUUAAUACUUUAAAAAGCUAAUGUAAUGACAAUCAACCACAGUGUUUAGUUAAUUGUCUGAAAUAAAGUCUGUGUUUUCAAUUGAUUUCAUCGGAUCAGAAAGUGUCUCAUAUAACAGAUUUGUGAUUACAUAAUAUUGUUUUUUUUUAACUCUUUCAUUGUUUUUAAUUUGAUUGUUUUUCAUUAUCGUUUUUAAUCUGAUUCGUUGAUUGAAUCUCGUCUUUUUAAAUUUCAUCAUACUCAUCAUGCCUGUUUCAAUUUCUUGGCUGACAAAAGCUCAAAAUGGUUACAUUUCUGUUGGUCAUCUAAGGGAAAGUGUACCAGCUCCAGAUGAAGACCCGAUGCAGGGUAAAUAUGAUGCUAGAGAGAAAUUAAUUUCUCUUCUGGAUGAGGCCUUGGUUUUCGCUAAUGAACCAACGGUUGAUAAAUAUUCACCUUCACGUUUACUGAGCAUCUUAUUCCAACAUGAUAUCGGUGUGAUCGAUCAGGAAACUGAAGAACUGGAAACAUCCGAAGAAUAUUUAACCAAGGCGAGAACUCUGCUUGAAGAAUGGUUUCAUGAUCCCUUGUUAAUUAUCCUUAGAUUGAAGGUUCUCAAUCAAUUGGCCUUCGUUCACACGAUGACCCUUGAUUAUGAUCAAGGAUUAAGUUUACUUUGCAAGGCUAACGAUUAUUACGAAGAAUGGUUAACAUUUAAAGGAGGUAUCACCGAGAAAGGAUCUAAAGGUCGAGAACCAAGAUGUGUUAUCGAGGUUAACGAUUGUUUUGCCUUUAAAUUUGACGAAAAGUUACAAAGACCGGAAGCCGAGAACGAAGUGGAAAAGGUACACACCACGACACUUUUCUAUUUGGCCCAAAUUUACGAGAGAUUGGGAGAUUCUGCGAAAUCGGCAAAUUGUUGUUACCGAACUUUAAAGAAACAAAUUGCCCUUAAUCAUUUUAAAACAAUGGAAUGGUGUAUUAAUCUUGCCACUUUGGCUGAAUACUUUUCUGGAAUUAAUCGUUACGCUGUUGCAAGUCAUAUGCUUCGAGCUGCUCGAUACAUGAUGGACAAUCGAGAGGAAAUUGCUGGAGUUAAACUUGGAAUUGAUGAUGACGAAACAGUAGCUAAAGGAAGGGCAGAUUAUGAACGAAUUGUGGUUAAAUAUUACCUCAUGUUGUUUGAAUAUUCGUUGGCCAAGGAUAAAAAUUCCGUUCAAGAGGAUCCUAGUUCAAUCGAAGAGUUCAGAUUCAUCACGGAAGAUGAAUUGAACAAGAAAAAUGUAAUAGAAAUACGAUACAGACCAAUAACCGACUAUCAAACUGCCGUUGAAAUUUUUAAACUUGGAAAACAGUUUAUCGAUCAGGCCAAAGAGUAUUACACUUUGAACGAACAAGCGUCCGAUUAUGUUGAUUGUAUUCAAGAUAUGAGUCGAUUAUAUCGGUACAUGGCCAUGUUCAUCACCGAUUCCGAUGUAAAAAGUAAAACUUUAAAGCGACGAGUUGACCUAUUGGAAGGUGUUCUAAGUGAGAUUAAUCCUCGAUUAUUCUUGAAUCAAGUUCGCCAAAUGUACAUCGAUUUGGGUGAAAUUUACUAUGAAAUGUACGAGAUUAAGGUCAACAAGCCCAUAGAAACAUCUAGACAGGCGAUACGUAAAACUAAUCAUUUAUUAACUCGAUCAGGUGAAAAUUACAAACUUUUCAUCGAUACCUGGCUUAGUACAGUUCGGGAAGAAAGUGUCCCAAGAAAAGUUCCCGAUGAAAUAGUUAAACCUUUAAUCGUCGCUUAUUUCACUUUAGGUCGUUGUUAUUCAAAUCUAUUUUGUAUUGAGCCCAAAGAAAAAGUUGCCAAUUGGGAGAAAUGUUUACAGUAUUAUGAUCAAGCAAUCAAAUAUCUUGAGGUUAAUCCAGAUCAGAAGGAGAUCGCUCAUGAGGAGUUAAAACUUAUCCAAGAAAUGAAAGAUUUAAUUCCUCAGAGAAUCGCUCAAAUUGUUAGGUCCAAUGUCGUUGCUUAAUCAAUUAAUUUUGUUGUAAAAAAAAGUAAUUCCAAUCAAUCUGCUUAUCACGAUUUGAAAAUAUACCAUGUAAAUGUAAUCCAUUUUGUUUUUACAUCACAAUCAUAAAUAAAAUGAACAAUCACUUCAUCAAUUUUAUGCGAAAA